CUGGGUUUUGUAGUUCGAGUAUGCGCUCCCGGGAUAGGCCACUCCGGAGAAGGAGAGGCGGGGCCGGCUGUGUCACGUGCGCCCUGCUCCCGCCGCUGCCUCCGCCGCCGUCGUCUUUCUCUGUCUCGUCUGAGGCAGCCAUCUUGCUCUUGCCGCGUGCUGGUGUUGGAGGACCCUCCCUGCUUCAGAUUUACCAACAGCAUGAAUCAAGAAAAGUUAGCCAAACUUCAGGCUCAGGUCCGGAUAGGGGGCAAGGGUACAGCUCGCAGAAAGAAGAAGGUGGUACAUAGAACAGCUACAGCUGAUGACAAGAAGCUUCAGAGUUCUCUUAAAAAACUUGCUGUGAAUAAUAUAGCUGGUAUUGAAGAGGUGAACAUGAUUAAAGAUGAUGGGACAGUUAUUCAUUUCAACAAUCCCAAAGUCCAGGCUUCCCUGUCUGCUAACACCUUUGCAAUUACCGGUCAUGCAGAAGCUAAACCAAUCACAGAAAUGCUUCCUGGAAUAUUAAGUCAGCUUGGUGCUGACAGCUUAACAAGCCUUAGAAAGUUAGCUGAACAGUUCCCACGGCAAGUUUUGGAUAGCAAAGCACCAAAACCAGAAGACAUUGAUGAGGAGGAUGAUGACGUUCCAGAUCUUGUAGAAAAUUUUGAUGAGGCAUCAAAGAAUGAAGCUAACUAAAAUUUUUUUCUGGUUUUUGGAAGCUGGCAUGGACUAGAUUUAACAAAUCAGCUAUGUGGUUCCAAAGUUUUACAGACACGGAGAACAUCACCUGUUACUAGUUCAGUAAUAUAAAUAUUUUGUAUAUUAAUAAUGCUGUUUGUUCAGCAUUUUUUGGUCAUUUGAUUUUGCAUUUUGCACUUCCUCCCAGGAUCUAUUAUUUUGGUCAAAAUAUGAAGUAUUGGUGCAGUUUGAGGGUCUUUGGUUUUUGAUUCUUGGGUUUUUUGUUGGGGUAUUUUUGGUGUAUGUAUGUGUAUGUAUGCGUGUGGGUAUGUAUGUAUACAGUGGAGAGCAAAUUGGAAAACAGUUCUAUUUAUCCUCCUCCUUCCCCCAGUGGAAAUAAAACAAAUCUUUACAUUUGUUACUUUUUUCCCCCCAAUAAUGCACAGAAUUAAUGAAAAGUGAGUAUCAUAUAUUUUAGAUCUAAGAGAUUUUCCAUUGGAGGUUUGGUUUUUAAUUUGCUUGGUUAACUAUCAUAUUUUUCAUACAUUUCUCUGGGUUGAAAAUGUCUUGAGAUAUUUUGCCACCAGCUUCAUGCUGGAGUGAUGGAUAGCAUAUCUUUGGUGUGGUUGCCUUAGAUUCAAUUACCUAAUCAGGCCCAUAAGAAUUUGUCUUACUAGCUUUCUUCCUAAAUGCCUGUUUUCCUCUCAUUUUGGUCUCCAAAUGGCGUGGUCAGCCUUUGGUAAUGUUCUUCAUCUUCCAUCUAGCUUGAGAAGGAUGUUCUCCAUAUAGAGUUAAGUGAGUGCCUAAUCUCUCUUUUUGUAAGAGUUCCCUCAUCUUGAGGAACAACAGCUUCAUCUGCAGCAUUUCCUGUUGAUUUUACAGUAUGGUAGAUUUCAAACUGGAAUAGCUAGCAUGUGCUUGCUAAAUAAUUUUAUGCCAGCCUUAUCCUAUAUUCUAGCUGUUCUUAAUAGCAGGUGCAAAAAUGCCUCUUUUCCAGCAAGGUUGAAAUUGGGAAUGUCCUUUUGAAUCAGAAGAAAAUAGGCCAUAGACUCAUCCCCCAGCACAAAUGGGCAUUCUGUGAAAUGGUACUGGCCCUAGGAUUAUUUCCUCAAUCACUGUCCUAAUCUUGGCCAUGAACCUACCUCUGGGUUGGAUCUUACUAUUGUAGCUGCUCGCAACACCCUCCUGCAUGCUUAGAAUAAUGUUUUGGGGGGAGCACUGGUAAAACACAGUAUUUAUUUUUUCACCUCCUUUCAGAGGACUUGGAGGUAAGUUGCAUUCAUUCACUCAAGUUUCCCUCUUGCUGUCUGAUAAAAGCUUGCAUUUUGCUAUAUCAGCAUUUGUUAUAGCCAAUGUUAAGGAUAAGAUUUAGAAAAUCUAUCAUUUCCUGGCCCAUUAUCAAACUAACUAUGGCUUAACUUUGCAGCAUACCAACUUUUGUGUCAAGCUAGAUAUCUUUAUUUGAUAUCUAAAGUGCAAGACCAACAAACUAUUGAGAGAUCUAUAGACAUGAAGGCAAAGCUCUUGUAUUUUUUUCAUCCAGACACCUCAAUUUAUUUUAUAAAUUUGUUCAUUUUUCCUGUUAUGUUUUAUAUAAUAUAUGGACUUAACAAAAUAAAAUAACAGUAAUAAAAUAACAGUACAAAAGAGGAGAAUAUUUCCUCUUAUGCUUCUCUU